AUGCGCGCGCACGAAACCCAGCGUUGGCUCCUUCGUAACCUGUAUGCCCUCCCUUCCUGCUUCAAUCUAACGCUAGUCUCGGACGAACUCCGGCACGACCUGUCGUCCAUCGACCAGCCGGUCGGAACCCGAUUCUCGACGCCCGGACAGCACGGUAGUGGAGCGGGCUGGGUGCUCUCUACUGCUGUGCCCGUGUGCCUCGUCAUGGGCUGGGACACGGCGCUCCUCGUGUGGCUCUUUGUUCUGCUUGUUACGCCCCGGAACAGCGGCACGCGCUCGAUCCGCUCCGAGCUGCGCACACUUUUCGCCUUCAUUCUCCUCGGUACUGUGGCUUUGGUGUGGCUCCUAAUCGGAGAAGUGGUCUACGCCACGACCACAGGCGUGGGAUACGUCCCGACGCACGCGCUCGUGUCGUACCUUCUUACAGCAGCUGUCAUCGCGUCGCUGCUCGCGACAUACCUCUGGGAGAGGAUCUAUGCCAUGCGCCACUUCGCCAGGGCCGAGUGGGGAAGCUCACUCGCUACCCUUGAUGCGUUUGAUUCCUCUACAGAGGGCGAUUGGGCACGGGACGACGAGGGCAUUGUGGUUCGCGCAGCGGGGAUGGGCGUCCUGGAUGAUCCGCCCCUCACGCCCUUCACGGAGAGUCCUGUGACAGUGGGAUGGAAGGGGUACGACGCACCGCCCGCGGACCCGCUGCCCUCUAUGGCCGAUGGGGAGCAGCUGUCGACCGUACGGCUCAGUUCGGACUCUUGGACUUCGCCCCUUUCUGGCCGGCGGAGCUUGGAGUUGGCAUUGGCAGAGAGACGGGAGCAGCUCCUGCGCGAGGCUGAAGAACGCUUCGAGCGCGAGAAGAGGGCGAUUCUGGAGGUGACAGCUGUCGAGGGAGAGGGCAGCGAGCAGGAGGAGAGGUACUUGCGGGAGAAGCGAGCCAUCCUCGAUCUCGGCGGUGAUGGGGACAGGCUUCAGAACGCUCGCGACGAAUACACUUCUGAGAAGUGGAGGAUACUCAGUGGUGACUUUGGACUGCAGCGUACACGCAGCGCGUAG